AUGUCUUUCCGAUCCAUUCUCAUCGGCCUGGCCGUCACGGCGUGCCCUGCCCUGGGAGCUCCCGCUCUAGCACCAGAUUCCUCGCCGCUCGAAACCAGUGGUGGGCUGAAGCCCACCGGAUCCUCGAAUGGACACUGCUCCUCUUCAACGGGCCAAGUAUACGCCCGUUCUGCUACUCACGGAGACUACUUUGCCAUCAUGUACUCUUGGUUCAUGCCUAAGGACUCGCCCAGUAGUGGGCUCGGCCACCGUUACGAUUGGGAAGAGGCCAUCGCCUGGCUCUCGGGCGAGACGGCGGACGCCACCCUGGUCGCUUUCUCCGUCUCCGCCCACGGCGGGCUUUCCUCGACCAGGUCGCCCGGCCGCUCUGGGGACUCACCACUAGCCGAGUAUGCCUCCGAAUGGCCACUGAACCACCAGCUACUACAGACUACUACCGUCGGCGGAACACAACCGCUGAUCGCAUGGGAUAGCCUGACGGAUGCAGCACGAGAUGCUCUGCAGACCACAGACUUUGGCAAGGCCAACGUUCCUUUCAAGGAUUCUGUAUUCUUUGGUAAUUUGGAGAAGGGUUAUGCUACUCUUUGA